AUGGACGUGACGUCGGCCGUCCGCAGCCUGCGCCGCUCCAUCUCGAGAUCCCCUUCCAAGCUGCUGUCUCGUACCAGUUCCCAGAGCUCCGACGGCUCCCGCCAGGCCUCGCCGCAGUCGCCCUGUCGACGCUUUGGCUCUACACCUUCGCGACCUCCGCUGUCACCAUCCCAUCCGCAGACGGCCCCUCCGGCAGUCACCUCGACCCACGCCGCUGCCUCUUACCCGUCAUCCGCCUUUACACCCCUCCGCCCCAGCGUCAGACUCUCGCUGCGAUCCGCCAAGUCUGCCAAGGCGCCCUCGCCAUCGUCGCGCCCCCUUGCGCGCGCCCGCGUCUCGCCCCGGAGCCCUCUGAAGCGCGCCUUGAGCGACACGCCCGACUCGGGCAACUCUGAACCCGCCUCGUCAUCUUCCCCGGCCGCGAAGAGCUCCCCGGGGCAGGAAAACCGCAACAGAUCUUCGCUAGGGUCGACGCCACGCAAGCACAGCGAAAAGCAAACGCGACAUAGCGUGCAUCUUGAUGUGUCUGGGGGUGCAUCGCAACUCUCAUUCUUGAAAGCGCUGGACGCCUACACUGACCCCUACAUGGUUUCGACGACUGGCGCACUCAAGCGCAGUGAUGCGACCAUGAACCUAGACCACCCAAACCAGGGCAGCCCGGUUGCCAAGCGGCGCAGCUUGCAUGGCAUCUCGAGCCUCGGCCAGACGGAGGACUUGAAUAUCUUUGAAAAUAAUCUCAGCGCGCCGCAGAGUUUCGACAUUCACGAGGACUCGCAUUCCGAGUAUGAGUUGACUGGGGCCUCCGAAGGCGGCAGCGGCGAUGCGCCAGAUGUGGCCGCGCAGCGCGACCCUCUGGCGUCGCCGACGCCCGCGUCGAACGUGGCGAGCCGGUCGUCCUCUCUCCGCAGGUCUACCUUGCAGCAGCGAUAUGGUGACAAGGGGUCGCUGGGAAGAAGGACGGGCGAACGGCAACUUGCGCAGAUGACCGCGGAAACCUCCACCCCAGGCCGAAUCCGUCCUCGUCUCUCGACGGACCAUUUCCUGCCUCCCCAAAUCGCCCGAGACAGCCCUUUCUCCUCGGGCGCUCCUCUGCCGAAUGCAUCCAUACAUCCUAUCGACGGCAAAAGUCACCAGCCUCACCCGCUCUCCAAGACUUUGACCACUUCCUCGUCAGGCAACAGUCUGGAUGAGGAGGAGACGUCCGUGUGCGCGCCGGCUGUAAAGGUCGCAGACAAGCCCAAGCCGCACCCGUUUUCUCGAUCGCUCCCCCUCAACGCCACCAGGCCGACUGCUCGCUCCAUGAACGAGCAUAUCAAGGCAGUCGCCACGCCGAGUCAACCUCAUCAGCUCUGGGUUGGCGCCUUCAACUCGACGGGCCUCAUCUCCAAAGUCAACCGGAACCCCGAAGAGGAGGCGGAGAAGAAGAUUGCGCCUCCCGACACGCCCUGCAAGAAACACACAAACCCCUUUGCCACCUUUCCACCACCCGCGGGAAGCGCAAUGAAAAGAAAGAGCAAUAAUCGAAAUUCCUUUGCCGGCAUCCCUUCAACCCCCUUCAACCGUCCCGCCAGCCGCGGUGCCGACGCGUUUGGCGUUUCCGCCAAAGGGCUCUCCAUCUUCCAGCGGCGAGGCUCGGCGGCGUUCAACCUGCACCGGGAAAGCGACUUGAGCCUGGAAGUCGAGGACCGCAUGCUCUUUGGCGAAGCCGGCGAGCUUACCAGCCUGCUGGACGGGGAUGUGCCGCCCACCCCCACCAAGAAUACGCUCACUCCGAGCUUGAGCAACCUUAGCGAGCAGUCGCUCGAAAGCCCGAGCGCGAACCGCACCUUCACUCUGCCUCUCUCGGCUGCCAAGUCCGCUCCUUCGCGAGAAUCAACGUCGAGCCCUGUCGAUGGUCGGAGGACGCCCCAGACCCCACAGGAGAGCCUGCUGCCGCUAGACACGAGCCGCUUGUCCAUAUCGCAAGGACCCGAUGGUCUGGGCGAGAAUACCAUGCCGCCUCCAGUCACCCCGACAGCUGGUCGCGAUUUCCGGUCAUCCAUGAGCAUCUUUGUCACGCCCGUCAAUGGUCGCGUGGGCAGCGUCGACAUUGACGCCAGUCUAUACUCGAGGUUUGACAAAGUCGAGCAGGUCGGCAAGGGCGAGUUUUCGACAGUGUAUCGCGUCAGCAACCCUGCCCAAGGUCAGGUCUUCGCCGUCAAGAAGAGCAAGAACUCGUACCACGGCCCCAAGGACCGGGAAGUCAAGCUCCGCGAGGUCCAGAUCCUGCAAGCCCUGACGCAUGCCGAGCAUGUGGUGCAAUAUGUCGACAGCUGGGAACACAAUUUUCAUUUGUAUAUACAGACCGAGUUCUGCGAGGAAGGGACUCUGGACAAGUUUUUGGGCAAUGUCGGACGAGGCGGGAGGUUGGAUGACUUCCGCAUCUUCAAGAUCUUACAGGAUCUCUGUUUGGGCUUGAAGGAGAUUCACGACGCCGGAUUCAUGCAUCUAGAUAUGAAGCCUGCAAACAUCCUCAUCAACUUUGAAGGGGCGCUGAAGAUUGGAGACUUUGGACUGGCGCAGCCCUGCUCGUCGGCCGAAGGGGUCGAUGUCGAGGGCGACCGCGAAUACAUGGCGCCGGAGAUGCUCAGGGGAAAGGCCGGCCCGGCCGCCGACGUCUUCUCGCUCGGCCUCAUGACGUUGGAGGCUGCGGCCAACGUGGUGCUCCCGGACAACGGGCCGACAUGGAUUGCCCUCAGGUCCGGUGACCUCUCCGAGGUGCCGAGCCUCACGUGGACGCCGUCGAUUGAGGUGCAGCGGGAUGCUACGGGCAAUCCGUCGGCUCAUAGCGACGACUUCGGAGGCGACCAUGUCGAUGACAAUGCCGGCAGCCUGUUUGGGUCAUUCAAGCGAUCGGAACUGCCGCAGCCCCCGGAUUUUAUGGUCGAGGCCUUUCACCCGAGCUCGCUCGACUCGGUAGUGAGGUGGAUGACGGCCGAGUUGCCUGCCGACCGGCCCCUGGUCGACCAAGUGCUCGAUCUUGAGGGGUUGCGCUGGGUGGCAGAUCACCGCAACGCUCCGGCAACUGUCUACGAGGGCAACUGGGGCCCGGCCGACCCCUUUCCCGUUUCGAUUGCCGUGGACAGCGACACGGAGAUGACGGAUGUGUGA